GUUCGACCCUUUUUGGAAAAAAAAAAAAGGCAGAGACAGAGCAAACCCUAAAACCCUAGCUAAGCAGUGCUGUGAGUUAAACUGGUGAUUGAAGAGUGAGAGAAAAAAAAAAUGGUGGUAAGGAUCCGGUUGUCGAGGUUCGGAUGCAAAAACAAGCCAUUCUAUAGGGUGAUGGCUGCCAAUAGCCGAUCUCCAAGAGAUGGGAAGCAUCUCGAAAUCCUUGGUUACUACAAUCCUUUGCCUGGCCAAGAUGGGGGUAAACGAAUGGGUCUUAACUUUGAAAGAGUGAAGUACUGGCUAUCAGUCGGUGCACAGCCUUCAGAACCAGUCCAACGCAUUCUUUUCAGAGCUGGAUUAUUGCCCCCACCACCCAUGGUGGCAAUGGGACGCAAGGGUGGACCGCGUGACAUGCAUCCUGUUGAUCCUAUGACAGGCCGUUUUUUGAAUGUGGAGAAACCAGCUACUGCUAACUAACAAAAUGGUGGUGGAGAUAAGGCUGCUGAUGGAGCAAAUUCCACAUGAAAUUUUAAACAUCCCAUAAAACUCCUCAUUCUGCAGUUUAUGAGGAUAAGAACUAUGUUAGGAAGGGGCUGUCAUGUGGAUUUAUAUUGAAUGAUUUGAAGUGUUGUUGCCUUAAAAGCAACAUUUGCCUUCUGUGGAAGAUGCAGCUUACAUCCAGAUAUUGAUUCCGGUGGCCCUGCAUAGAAGUCAGAUUAGGUCUAUUUAAUGUGAUUCCAUGACAAGUAUUGAAUUCUCUUUAGAUUGGGGAACGAAUUUCAGACUUGUUACCUUCAGAGCAUACCUCUGUUCCUAAUGUCACCAUCCACACCACAAUCUUGUUUUAUUAUUUCUUGUUGCUGGUACAUGAUUCACAUAACGAUCUUCAGUUCUUAUUGCUGAGUUGUGUGGUUCUCAAUAGUACUAGCUUAUAUUAGCUUAUAUUAUGUGCAUGACACCAGCGAGUCCAAACUCGAUUUUACUGAAGAUAUUUGCAUAAUAAGGUGCUUGGAGCUUGGGUAGUACAACUGCUGAUUUAUUAUCAGGUGGAUCAGAUGCUUCAUAUCAAAAGGUUUGCCUGGGGAAGUAGAUUGUGUGUGAACUCUGCUGAAAGCUGGAAGUGAACACAUUUGCGG